AUGAUGUCAGCAGCAAACGGUAUCUGGACCAAAGCAAGCGCUCAACGGAAUAUUGAUGACUACUGCAAGCAGUCCGCAGCUCACGCGGGGGGGGACUUGCCGAAGCAGGGUCGAAGUUUUUCGCAGAUCUUCAACGAUGGAACACCAGGUCGUGUGGAGGUAACGACAGAAUGGCCUGUGGGAUCUCGAAGCUAUCAGGUAUUCCAAGAGGAAUGCCAAUAUUAUCUGAGCGUCCUCAAUAAUGGAUGCAGCUUGCCAGGAGAUGAUAAUUCGAUGAACUGGAAACACGGCGGCAGCAUCUCUGAUGGGAACAGGGUCAAGUACACCAUAACCCCAACUCAGGAUCGUCCCUCACCACCGAGGAGCCCUGUCGGACGUUGCAAUGCCAAGUACCGCCCUUGGGCAUACAACUGGGAUGUCUGGGGAGGAGGUUUUGAGAGCAGUAACAAAGGCAAAGAGCUUGAAAGGCAGAUUCGAGGUUGUGGGGCCGUGACAGCCUGGAAGUUUGACUAUUUUGACACUCCAGCCGCAGAUGGAACGGAGUGGCAUGCAAGCGGUACCCUACCCAUUACCAUUUCCAAUCACUGUCUGGCCAAAGCGGUGAAGAGCGCAGGAGGAUUCAAGUCCAAUUGUUAG